UGACUUUCAAAAAUCAGACUAUAAAUUCAGAGGAAUUGAUCGAUACACAUCACCAUAUAUAUAUAUAUAUAUAUUGAUUUCUAUAUAGAUUUGUGUAAUAGUAAAUCCAUUAAUUUCAACCUACUUGAUCUGAACUCGGCACAGGAAAAAUGUGGAGGCUCGCUCGAUCUGCGGCGUCGAAUCUCCCCCGUACACGGCGGUUCUCGACGUCAAUCCCUGGUCCGUGUAUAGUUCACAAGCGUGGUGCUGAUAUUCUUCAUGAUCCAUGGUUCAAUAAGGAUACUGGCUUCCCUUUAACAGAAAGAGAUCGUCUUGGGCUCCGUGGUCUCCUCCCUCCUCGUGUGAUAUCAUUUGAGCAGCAAUAUGCACGUUUCAUGGAGUCAUAUCGAUCACUUGAAAAGAAUACUCAAGGCCAAGAUGAUAGUUUUGUGUCCUUAGCAAAAUGGAGGAUCUUGAAUAGAUUGCAUGACAGGAAUGAGAUUUUAUACUACCGAGUCCUUAUUGAUAACAUUGAGGAUUUUGCUCCAAUAAUAUACACUCCAACAGUAGGAUUGGUAUGUCAAAACUAUUCAGGGUUGUUCAGACGCCCACGGGGAAUGUACUUCAGUGCCAAAGAUAAAGGAGAGAUGAUGUCCAUGAUCUAUAACUGGCCUGGUCAUCAGGUUGACAUGAUUGUCUUGACAGAUGGCAGUCGCAUUCUUGGUCUAGGUGAUCUUGGGGUCCAGGGAAUUGGAAUACCCAUUGGAAAACUCGACAUGUAUGUCGCGGCUGCUGGUAUCAACCCACAGAGAAUACUUCCAGUUAUGCUUGAUGUUGGUACCAACAAUCAAAAGCUUCUUGAAAACCGUCUUUAUUUGGGACUUCGGCAACCUCGGUUGGAAGGAGAGGAGUAUCUAUCAAUUGUUGAUGAAUUUAUGGAGGCAAUUCACGCCCGUUGGCCCAAGGCUAUUGUGCAGUUUGAGGAUUUUCAAAUGAAGUGGGCUUUUGAAACACUGCAACGGUAUCGAAAAAGGUUCUGCAUGUUCAAUGAUGACAUACAGGGAACUGCUGGGGUUGCACUGGCAGGACUACUUGGAACUGUAAGGGCACAAGGUCGACCAUUGACUGACUUUGUGAACCAAAAGAUAGUGGUAGUUGGAGCUGGAAGUGCAGGGCUUGGUGUUUUUAACAUGGCUGCACAGGCUGUUUCGAGAAUGGCAGCAGCUGAAACACAUCCUCAGUUUUUCCUACUUGAUAAAGAUGGUCUCAUUACAACGGAAAGGAAGGUUGUUGAUCCAGCAGCUGCACCAUUUGCUAAAGCCCCUGGGGAGAUCGAGGGUUUGGGACUUAGGGAGGGAGCAAAUCUCGUUGAAGUGGUUAAAAAAGUCAAGCCUCAUGUACUUCUUGGUUUGUCUGGAGUUGGCGGUAUCUUCAAUGAGCAGGUGCUUAAGGCCAUGAGAGAGUCAGAUUCCCCUAAACCUGCCAUAUUUGCAAUGUCAAAUCCGACGAUGAAUGCUGAGUGCACUGCUGUUGAUGCUUUCAAUCAUGCUGGAGAAAAUAUAGUUUUUGCAAGCGGGAGCCCUUUCAAAAAUAUUGACCUUGGGAAUGGAAAAGUGGGCCAUGUAAAUCAAGCAAAUAACAUGUAUCUGUUUCCUGGGAUUGGGAUGGGAGCUCUUCUUUCAGGUGCUCGUUUGAUUUCAGAUGGGAUGUUGCAAGCAGCUUCUGAAUGCCUUGCUUCAUAUAUUACAGACGAAGAAAUUCAAAGUGGUAUUUUGUAUCCUCCUACAAGAAGUAUUCGAGAUAUAACAGCAGAGGUUGGAGCUGCUGUUGUUCAAGCAGCAGUUGCCGAAGAACUGGCAGAAGGACGCUGUGAUGUGGGACCCAGAGAGCUCAGGCAGAUGUCAAAAGAGGAGACGGUGGAAUAUGUCAAACACAACAUGUGGUAUCCAGUUUACAGCCCUCUUGUUCAUGAGAAAUAAAGUUCUGAUAAUCUCUCUCUCUCUCUCUGUGCGAAUGAUAUUUUCUGCAGACACCAUCCCAACAUUCUGCAGCCAUUCAAAUACUGAUGAUGUAACUGUAGUUUUGAAGCCUAGAGUAGUAAUGUGGGUGAAAAAACAGAACUGGAGAGAGAAGGGUCAUAGAAGUUGAAAAAUAAGUGCUUAUUGAUGUAAUGAACAACAGCUUGUAAACUUUUUCUUUUUUAGUUUUUUCAAAACCUUAUUGAUGUUUCAUGUAUGCCCCUCUUUUUCUAGUCUACUUCAAUUUGGUAUUUCAA